GGCUGCCUGAAGUGGAGUUGCUUUCGCAUACUGAUUAGCCACCAGUCUAAACUAGCGGACCAGGACACAAGAGUUAAACCUUAACAUGGCAUGAAGACACAGUUGAUAAUUUUCACCAAUGUUGGUCUCUGUGCUGCGGUCAUCAGUCGUCUCUCUGCCUCUUUGGACUCCUCAAGUACCCUCCAGGAUGUCUAGUUCUGUCCAUCCGCUGGCCGCCUUGUGUCAGCUGUGCGUCACCGCCGACAAGCAGGCCAACUUAUGCACUGCCCGAGGCCUGCUUGAAGAGGCCAAGCGGCGAGGGGCCCUUGUGGCCUUCCUUCCCGAAGCCUUUGACUACAUCGGAUCCAGUCGAGAGGAGACCUUGGCGCUGUCCGAGACCCUGACGGGUGAUACAGUGACGCAGUACGCUGAAAUGGCCAGAAAGUUGGACAUCUGGUUGUCUCUGGGUGGCUUCCAUGAACGUGGACCGGAGUGGGAGGCCCAGCGGCGAAUUUACAACUGCCACAUCAUCAUGAACAAUCAAGGCGAGAUUGUGUCCACUUACAGGAAGUGCCACCUGUUCGACGUGGAGCUUCCCAAUAAGGGUAUCUCACUCAAGGAAAGCGCUUUUGCCAUCCCCGGACCCUCGCUGGUAGCGCCGGUCCAAACUCCCAUCGGCAAGCUCGGUUUGGGAGUCUGCUACGAUUUGAGGUUCCCUGAGUUUUCGCUGGCGUUGCAGAAGAGCGGUGCGGAGAUCCUGACCUUCCCAUCGGCCUUCACGCCGGCAACGGGAGCCGCUCACUGGGAGCCACUGCUCCGGGCGCGAGCCAUCGAGAACCAGUGUUAUGUUCUGGCGGCGGCGCAGGUGGGCUGGCAUCACGACGGGCGCUCCUCUUACGGCCACGCCCUGGCCGUGGACCCUUGGGGCACGGUGACGGCCGACUGCGGGGGCGAACGAGCGGGCCUGGCUCUCGUGGAAGUGGACUUGGAGAAAAUUCACAGCGUCCGCCUGAACAUGCCGCUCGGAAAGCAUCGCAGAGAUUCCGCCUUUUACGCCAGGCUGGAGACCCUGUGUCAAACAUCACAAGACUGAUUCAAAUCAUGUGGAUAGCUACUGAAAAGAACGAUCCAAGAAAGAGUCAUCUUCAUCCAUUUUGAAUGAAGAUUCGUUGAUUUAUAUCAGCCCGUUGUGUCCUGAUUGAAGGCUUGGCUUGGGAUGCAACAUAAAACAAGGCAGUGACACUUCUACAAUUUCACACAGUCUUUUUACAAAGACCAAGACACACUACUGUAUAUUCAGUACAUGGGAGAAGCUUAAGGCAAGGCCAAAACGACACAAAAAUUAUACUGCACUAAAACCCCACCUGCUAACUUACCCGCUAAUCGUAAAAAGGAAAACAAAACAGCCACUAACCUGACUUCCUACAAUAAACAAAAAACAGUAGAAAAUGAGUUCAACAGAAAUUUCUUUGAAAAAUAGCAAAUCGGUUGCUCAAUACCUUUCAGGUCAUCCUGCAGCAAUAACACACCAGCUCCAUAGUUAACAAUAUGGGCGAGGCGAGGACCUGGGUACGAAAAGACUGAAGGUGGGCCACCUGCUAUACAGUUUCACCCCAAAUCACUUACAGAAAGAGGGAACCAGUUACGAUUUAAAAUGCAGUCCACCAACUAAAUGUUGGACUGUCGGGCUUCGGCAAGGUUGGUAACCCACCUACAGUGGUAUGAAAAAUUAUCUAAAUUUCUCACAUUUCUGCAUAAAAUCACUAGCAAAUGUGGUCUGAUCUUUGUCAAAAUCACACAGAUGAAAAAAUUGGCGUCUGCUUUAACUAAAACCACCCAAACAUAGGUUUUCAUAUUUAUAAUAAUGAGGAUAGUAUGCAAAUAAUGACAGAAGGGGGAAAAAUGAAUAAGUGAACCAUCACAUUUAAUAUUUUGUGAUCCCUGGCAGCAAUAACAACAACCAGACGCUUCUUGUAGCUGCAGAUCAGUCUGGCACAUUGAUCAGAACUAAUCUUGGCCCAUUCUUCUCAAUAUAAAUGCUGUAGUUCAGUCAGAUUCCUGGGAUGCCUGGCACGAAUGGCUGUCUUUAGGCCAUGCUACAGCAUCUCAGUGGGGUUCAGGUCUGGACUUUGACUUGGCCACUCCAGAUCGUGUAUUUUGUUCUUUUGAAACCAUUCUGAUUUACUCCUUGGUUUUGGAUCUUUGUCUUGUUGCAGCAUCCAUUAUCUUUUUGGCUUCAACUGUCUGACAGACAGCCUCGGGUUUUCCAGCAAACAUCCAGACAAACUUUUGAAUUCAUUCUUCCAUUAAUGAUUGCAAGUUGUCCUGGUUCUGAGGUAGCAAAACAGCCCCAAAUCAUGAUGCUCCCUCCACCAUGCUUCACGAUGGGAAUGAGGUGUUGAUGCUGGUGAGCUGUUCCAUUUUUCCUCCACACGAGACGCUGUGUGUUACUCCCAAACAAUUCAACUUUGGUUUCAUCAGUCAACAAAAUAUUUUGCCAAAACUUGUGUGGAGUGUCCAAGUACCUUUUUGAGAACAUUAAACGAGCAACAAUGGUUUUUUUUUUAGACAGCAGUGGCUUCUUCCGUGGAGUCCUCUCAUAAACACCAUUCUUGGCCAUAGUUUUACAUAUAGUUGAUGUGUGCGCAGAGAUAUUGGACUGUGCCAGUGAUUUCUGCUCGUCUUGAGCAGACACUCUAGGGUUUUUACCUCUUUGAGUAUUCUGCGCUGAACUCUUGGCUUCAUCGUUGCAUGACGGCCACUCCUUGGGAGAGAAGCAACAGUACCAAACUUUCUCCGUUUGUAGACAUCUUCUCUGACUGUCAAUUGAUGAAGAUCCAGACUUUUAGAUAUGCUUUUGUAUCCUUUCGCAGCUUUAUAAAAUCCAACAAUCCUUGAUCGCAGGUCUUUAGACAGCUCUUUUGACCGGGCCAUGAUGCACAUCAGACAAUGCUUCCCAUCAAGACAAUUCUUACCAGGUGUGUGUUUUAUAGUGGGAAGGGCAGUGUUAAACCACUCAUCAGUGAUAGGGCACACAACUGACUUAAAUUGUUGCCUAAAAAUUGGUUUCAAUUGUUCUUUGAAUCUCCUUAGGCAGAGGGUUCACCUACUUAUUUUCCUCCUUUUUAAAAUUUUUUUAUUUUUUAUUUUUAAUACAUCUGUGUGAUUUUGACAAAGAUCAGAUCACAUUUGAUGGUGAUUUUAUGGAGAAAUGUGAGAAAUUCCAAAAGGUUCAGAUAGUUUUUCAUACAACUGCUGGUAAUAUAAACCACUUUUUUGUCACAACCGACCAGUUAAGAAACACUGAUUAAUUGCAUAACACAUAGAGUGAUACGUCCCUAUUGCUAUCCAGACAAAGUAGAGAAGCAGAGUGUUGGAAGAGAUAAAUGACAAGAAAAAACGGAUGUCCCAAUUUUUAUUUUGUACUGACAGCUGAAAAAAAAAAGGCACAUUUUUCCAGAAACUUGUUUUUUGUUUUGAUUCUAUAUAAUUCAAUUCAAUUCAAUUUUAUUUUUAUAGUCAGGUUAAGACACUCCUCAAUGGUAAAAUAUUGCCUCUUAUUAACAAAUUUCAGGAUACAAAGACAAAAAUACAGUAUGGCUGGUGGAACGUAACAUACUUAUAGCUGCUCUGCAUUGACUAUUGCCUAGCAUUCCUGGCAUCCAAUUGGUUAAGAGGGACAUCUACUGUAUCCCAGCAUCCUCUUCAUUCGCGCCUCGUGCUCUGGCAACUUUCCAUGAGUUUAUUAUGUUUUAUUCUUUAUUCUUGGUUUUUUACAUUAUGCACAACUCAGAUUUGAUGUUUAUUGUGCAAUCAUCUAAUUGUAACGUAUUUAUUAAAUGUUUUGAUGCAUUUUUAUGUAUUAUAAACAUUGUAAAAGAUUUAUGUCUGAAUUAUAGGGGGGUUUGGAACAGAUUAGGGCAUUUCCAUGGAAAAAAAGCGUCUCUACUUCAGAAUUUUCAACUACUUCCAGAACCAAUUAAUUUCAUAAGUAUCUCUACUUAAGAACGUCUCUACAUGCAGAAUUUUCAGGUUAAGACAUUCCUCAACAGUAAAAUAUUGCCUCUUGUUAAGAAAUUUAAGGAUACUAAAGGUAAAAUACAGUAUUGUUGGUGGAACGUAACAUACUUAUAGCUGCUUUGCCAUCGGCUAUUGCCUAGCAUUCCUGACAUCCAGUUGUCUAAGAGGGACAUCUGCUGUAUGAGUAUGUGUGAAGAAAAAAGGCUACUCUUACUCCGUUACUUUGGGCUACACAAGAGUUGUUACAUUUUUCCUCUUUAUUCUUCAUAUUAAAUUUGUUCUUUUUUGCCAGUGAUUCCGAGAGUUGCUCUAGCUACUGUUUUUCUGCCAAUCAAAAUGAAUGGAAAAUUUGGACGUCAAAGGCAUAGCUUGACUUGGGUAGUUGAAUGUCCAGUUGAAUGUCAAUGUGCUGUAAUGGUAAGUGUACCGUCAAAAAUCACAGCCACACAUUAUUUUCUGCCAUUUAAAAUGAAUACAAAAUUUGGACAUGCGUUGCCGUCAAUGGCAUGGACGUGCAUGGCCUUCAAAAAUGCCAUAUGAAAAAAAAAGCCACAAACCAAAAUCCAUUUUGCCACAUGGCAAAAUCAAUUUUGCUACAUUCCAAAAAUGCCACAUGCAUGCCAAAAUCCAUUGUGCCACAUACAAAAAAAAAAGCCACAUGCCAAAAUCCAUUGUGCCACAUACCAAAAAAAUGCCACAUGCCAAAAUACAUUGUGCCACAUACCAAAAAAUGCCACAUGCCAAAAAAAAUGCCACAUGCCAAAAUCCAUUUUGCCACAUGGCAAAAAAAUGCCACAUACCCCCCAAAAAAAAUGCCACAUGCCAAAAUCUAUUUUGCCACAUAGCAAAAGAAUGCCACAUGGCAAAAAAAAAAAAAAUGCCACAUGCCAAAAUCCAUUUUGCCACAUAGCAAAAAAAUGCCACAUGCCAAAAAAAAUGCCACAUGCCAAAAUCCAUUUUCCCACAUGGAAAAAAAAAGCCACAUGCUAAAAUCUAUUUUGCCGCAUACCCAAAAAAAUGUUACAUGCCAAAAUACAGUUUGCCACAUGGCAAAAUCAAUUUUGCCACAUGGCAAAAAAAACUGGCACAUACCAAAAUCUAUUUUGCCGCAUACCAAAAAAAAAAAAAAAAGCCACAUGCCAGAAUCCAUUUUGCCACAUACCAAAAAUAUGCCACAUGCCAAAAUCCAUUUUGCCACAUGGCAAAAUCAAUUUGGCCAUAUAUCAACAAAAAUGCCACAUGCCAAAAUCCAUUGUGCCACAUACCAAAAAAAUGCCACAUGGCAAAAUCCAUUUUGCCACAUAGCAAAAAAAUGCCACAUACCAAAAUUCCAUUUUGCUAUAUACCCCAAAAAUGCCACAUGCCAAAAUACAUUUUGCCUCAUGACAAAAUCUAUUUUGCCACAUCUAAAAAAAAUGCCACAUGCCAAAUUCCAUUUUGCUACAAACUCAAAAAUGCCACAUGCCAAAAUCCAUUUUGCCAAAUGGCAAAAAAAAUGCCACAUACCAAAAUGUAUUUUACCAAGUAGUAUUGGCUUAAGGAGCUUUGUCAUUGAAUCCCUCAUUUGUUGGCAUACUAACCUUUUCACAUUGUACUUGAAUUUCUUGGUGUUUGCUAAUAACAAUAUCGUGCAUACAAGCUUGCCCAUAUUUACGAUCUAGUUUUAUCUCACUGGCAUAGCUAGUCUUCUCUACAUAUUGUGCUUAACAUUGGGAAAUUACUCCGCUAGGCCCUUUUGUACUAAAUCUAUCUUCAUAUCACCACAAUACCUCUGUCUCUGAUUAAAUAUAAUUUCGAGAGCUCACCAUAGUGAGCGCCCACCUUGACACUGCUAACAAAUGUACAAACCAUUUCUUUUUGCCAUCACUGCCAAAAUUCAUUACUAUAUCAACAAUCCAAACUGAGACCAGCAGCAUUUACACAAAUUUCAUGUUUCUUUUGUUCUUCUCAGGGCUUUAGAAUGCUUCGAGCGGAUCCCAAUAUACACUUUGAAGCACACCUCAACACAUCCUGCACCCGGGCAAGUAUCACUCCCUCAAGUCUGGAGACAUGAAACAGGCACUUCGCUUCCUAACAGGACAGCCAGUGCAGAGAGAACAGGUAAACUGGCAAUGGGCCCGUGUACUUAAGACACUGGCUUUGUAGAUUUUUCCAGGGAAUUUUGUCAUCCUCAGAAUCAAACACAAAAAUACACACUUGCAUUUGUUGAUACCACACUGAGUGCACACAGGUGGAUGCAGCAGCUUGGAGUGGAGCUAGUGGAUUAUGAGAAGCAGUAAUUGGCUGUCCAGAGAAGCUGUCCAUAUGUAUCUGUGUGUGUGUGUUGGUAAUGUCUGGAGUUCAUCAUGUUCUCAUAACGGGCAGUUAGGCUUGUUGGUCGGGCUCGAUCUCCUGUCGGGAUUGUAAAUGUUAUUGAUCUGUGUUGGACGGAGACACUAUUUGUGCACACACUCUUCAGUCAUUAGGAGCCAUACACACCUCCUCAUUAACAGUGCCUGCUCAUACACUAAAUAUCCACACUAGUUGGCAGGCACUUAACACACACUGACGGAGUGUGGGAAGGCUUGGGGGUCAUGAAGGGUGUGUGUGUUUGUGUGCAGCAUAUUGUUUUGUACGUAUACAGCCAUGUGUUGGUAGAGAUGGCCGCCCUCAGCAGUGUGUGCGCGUCAGGGAGCAUGUUUGUGUGCACCGCUUGUGUUUGUGUUGUGUGUAUGGCAUGUGUCAGAGUCUGUCAGCCCCUGCUUCUCGUGUCAGGGCAAGAGGCGAGACAUUAACAACUUCUGUCAUUCUGCUGACAAAAUGGUGGCAGAAGAUUUCCCAUGGUGCCCUGAUGACUGCUGGCGUUUGUCAACAA